UUAUUUUGAUUUGAAAAAUGAAAACAUUGUAUAACCGGAAUGCAUGAUGUUUUUCUUGUAAGUGAUUAUCGUUGAAUAUUUCUAAUAUUUAGGGGAGUUUUAACACAUUUUGCGAUGCUGGCACAUCGAUCCACACGGGCCCUCUCGUGCCUGGUGCGAGGAUUCUCCAACAUUUCGCUCCGUGAAACAACGAAAGCAGGUGGUGUUAUCCCUUUGACGGCCGUAUCUAACCGUCCGGAACCAGUGAAAGGACCCGCUCGGAUAAUCUUCCUUCCGCGUGAAAUUUCCCUAGAUAUCGGCCACGCUCACAUCAAUCCAUUGUUGCCGCGAAAGGAGAUAAUCGAUUUUCCGCUGAUCAGCCGCAUCAUCGAGAACCCCAAUCAGUCUCGCAUUUCCGAAAUUAGUGAUUUGUGGAGACCGGUUCCGGCGAUGGAUCUCCCCACAAGCAGUAAUAAAGUGGACGACAUUCAGGCUGCCCGCUUGAUUGUGAUCCGCCGGCGAAAGAUGCGAAAGCACAAACUGAGAAAGCUCCGCAAGAAGAUGAAAUACGACUGGGCGAAGGUUCGUCAACGUCGUGAAUUGCGCAAAGAGAAAGCCUUCCAAGCGGGGCUGAUUAGCGAGAUCAAAGAGGCGGACAGAUUUUCGGCGGAAAUGUACGUGAUGGAGAAACUGCGACAGGCCAACGAAAAGCCGAUACCACGUUUCUGGAAGGGCAAACGGUUGCCGCAAUUUAUUAUUAAGCAGAAGCUGGGAAUGGAGUAGGGUAAUAUGGCUGCUA